AAAUAAGUGAAUACUGGUAGAUAGAAUAAACCCAACAAAAUGGAAAGCUUCAUUUUGAUAUUAUUUCUCAGUAUGGGUUUCAAUUUAACUGUACAUGGAGAAGUAAAUAAACAAGAAAUUGGAGGGUUCAACCAGAACAUAUAUAAUGGAAGAAGUGAUGUUGCUAAAACAAUUGAUCAAUCAUGUCAGAAGUGUAAGUGUAGUUUGUUGACUGCCGAUUGUAGUUCUAGGAAGAUCGAAUCACUACCUUUGGAUCUGCCACAAAAUAUAACAACAUUGAACUUAUAUGACAAUUAUAUAACAGCUCUCCCAGAUUUUCUCCUGGGUCGUUAUUAUAAAAACUUACAGACUUUGGACAUGCGAGAAAACAAGUUGUCGACCACUGGUCAGUAUACAUUUCAAGGACUUGGAAAACUGCUUAAUCUUCACAUUACAUGGAAAAGAGGAAGUAUUAUGCAUCCAUUGCUGCUUAAACCAUUAAAGGAGAUACAAAUCAUUGAUGUGAAUGGGGAAGGUGGAAAUUUCAAAGGCAAUGAGAUUGAGAGAGAUGCUUGGCUAAAUGCAUUUGAAGGACUACAGAAUUCUACCAUUGAGAAAAUAACUUAUAAACAAGUCAUAUUCCCAUUCAUAUUGAAAGAAAAGCAUUUCACAUAUUUUAAAAACUGUCAGCUGAAAGAACUGCAUUUGCCACACAAU